AUGGAAAUUUCGCGAUGCAUGCACGCGAUCGCGUUGUAUGGACAGUGGCAACGGACGAGUUUUAUGGCUUUGCAUGCAUGCAUGCUCGGCGCGGGCAGGUGGGUCAGCGGCGUCGCCGCCCGGAAUCGAUGCCCCGGCGCCGUACCGCCGAGCGACUCUCCCCUCCCCCCCGCCCCCUCCCUUCCCCCCGUGCAUGCCACAUUAAUUACUAGGGCGCACAGUCGCCCGCCUCGUGCACGUCCCCAGCAUAGUUUCCACGCGACGCGACGUCACACGCGCGCCGACACAGCCGCGUCCUACUUUCGAGCGGCUGUUCUGUGGUCGAACCGCGAACGCGUUCUGCCCCGCGGUCUAGGCCGCCGAUGUGGUCUUAUUUUG